GCCCAUCGCUGCCAGUCUGGGAGACCUGAUCACCCUCUCUCUGCUGGCUGGCAUCAGCACAGGAUUGUACAAGGAGCUAGGUACGACACACACACACAUACAUAUACACACACGUAAGAUACAGAAACACACACACACUUGUGAUCUCAGAAUUGAUGUAUGAUUUAGUGCAUAGUGUCUCUAUGCUUGAGAUAAAGAUACAGACACACUCAAACACACACUCAAACACACUCAUCACAAACAGCCACUUUACGUUACACUUAUCUGUCUCACCCCAGGGUGUGAGUGUGGCAGUAAAAGUCCCAAUAGAAACACUUUAACUCACCCCUUAACUGCUAGACUCUUAAAGUAAGGACCUUAUUUUAACAUAGGCCUACUUGAGAUUUGACUCCACCGCUAACCUCACAGUGGUAGGAGAUGUGUGUAUGUCUGACUGUGUGAUUCCACAGCUAUGCUGUCUAUUGUUAGCUCAGUGAUCGUGUUUUCACCAUCACCACACCCUGCGGCAUGUGAUUCAGAAUAACGUGUUUUUUUAUUGCCCCCCACCACACAUAAAUACAUGGAAACACUCACGAUUUCCCAUUCACACCCAGUCCGAGUUUCUAUAUUGAACUGAUGAAGUGUGUGUUAUAUAGCGUAACGAUAAUGCUAACCCCUGUGUGUGUGUUCUCUUAUAGAGUUCAACGACUAUGCCAACCCGUUGGUGUGUGCUGUGUUUGUGGCACUGACCCCUCUGUGGGUGCUGAUCGCUCGGAGGAUCCCCUCCACAAGAGAGGUGCUCUACUCAGGCUGGGAACCUGUCAUCAUCGCCAUGGCAAUCAGCAGGUACAAGACCUAUGUCAAUCCGCUCUCUCACCUGUGUCUCUCAUUUGUCUCACCUCCGUCUCUCCUCUCUCUGUGCCUAACUUUCCUUUCACCUGUGUCACGGUUCUCUAACGUGUCUCACCUACCUCUCAUAUGUGUCACUGUUCUCUAACCUGCCUCACCCUCCUCUUCUGUCUCACCUGUGUCUGUUCUGUGUCUCACCUCCCCUCCUCUGUGCUCUCCUUAGUGUUGGGGGUCUGAUCCUAGAUAAGACUGUGUCCAACCCCAACUUUGCUGGUAUGGCUGUCUUCACUCCUGUUAUCAAUGGUGAGACUCCUGGCAUUGAAAUACCCAGUACAUAACCACUCAUACACAACCACUGAUACAAAACCACUCGUACACAAUGCCUGUCUGUCUCAUACGUGUACUGUGAUGUGCUCUGCCAGGUGUGGGAGGUAACCUGGUAGCAGUGCAGGCCAGUAGAAUCUCCACCUAUCUGCACAUGAACGGUAUCCCAAUGGGAGACCCUGACCCCAACCCCAGGAAAUGCCCCACUCCCUGCACCUCCUUCUUUAGCUCCAGUGAGUAUUGAUUCGUUUUAUGUUAAGGUUCAAUGUUUACUGAUGCAGGAUUGUUAGCAAAACUGUGGUUUGUUGAGUGAUAUUAUGUAAACACGUCUUUCGUACCCCUCUCUCUCUCUCUAUCUCUCUCUCUACAUUUCUCUCUCUACAUCUCUCUCUCAGAUGUGAACUCUCGUUCGGCGCGGGUGCUCUUCCUCCUGGUUGCUCCAGGUCAUCUGGUCUUCCUCUACACCAUCAACUCCAUGCAGGGAGGACACACCACUCUAACAUCCACAUUUAUUGCCUUCUACAUGGCAGCUGCACUACUGCAGGUACACACACACACACACACACACACACACACACACACACACACACACACACACACACACACACACACACACACACACACACCCUCACCACUCUCCUUCUCUGUCUCUAGGUAUUGAUCCUGUUGUACCUGGCUGACUGGAUGGUCCAUUGGAUGUGGAGUAGGGGAAUGAACCCUGAUAACUUCUCUAUUCCCUACCUGACGGCCCUGGGAGAUCUGCUGGGGACCGGCUUCCUGGCCCUCUGCUUCCAUGUCCUCUGGCUCAUUGGAGACAGAGACACCGACGUGGGAGACUAAGCAUACACACAGCUGGACAGUAUACAUACACGGCAUCAACGCCGGAUCACCGGAAACAACCUGAACAACUGAACUGUACAGUAUCUCCCUCUAGACAUCUGAACCACAGAACAGCUGAAUGACUUUCAGACCCAGACCAAACCCCCCUCCCCUCCCUGGGUCGCAGACUACGCUUCUCUUUCUUUAUUUGACUAAAUAAGAGAGUUCUACUACUAUUAUUUUUUUUUAUUAUUACUAUGACAACGAUUAUGAUUAUUAUUGGUAAUAGUGAAUUUGAUAUGAAUCUAUAUCUGUUUUAUCAUUGGGCAGAUUAAUCCUCAUUAUUUUCAAUGGGGACAUUCUCCCUUGGGCCAGUCACGUUGGCCGCAUUUGUAAAGAUGAGAUACAUUUUAAAGACUUGAAAUGAAGACAGACAGCAAAAAAACUCACACAAGCCUAGAAUACUUAAUCACCAAGUGCUAUAUGUAUAAAGAGAUUAAUUAAUUAUGAGAUAUGGGGCCGAUUCCGACCCGAGUUAAGCGCGAGUAAAUGGAACGUAAUUCCCUUUUAAUGCACUUUUCUCGCUAUGUGUAUUCUGACCUUGAACUUAAGCAUGAGAAUAGCAUGAUAUUCACCCGCUAUUCGUUCAGGGUGGAGAUCUAAGAAAUGAAGGUGUGGUGGAGGUGUGUCUACACCGUAUUCUGACCUUGACUUAAUUCCCUCAUAAUUCCACCACCUUUACACGCAAGGAAACCAGGAAUAAGGUUGAGCGAACCUGCCGGUUCCAAGUGGAAAAAGCAUCUACUUUCUUUUUACCAAUAGAAAUAACAGCAUUCUCCAUGCACUAUAAUUUAUAAAUUGAUAAGAGCUAUUGAUAGGAGCUAGGUAAAUGAGUAGGGGAUUGUAAAUACACAUAGCAAUUGUUUUAGAUGAUUUUUCCUUAUGAUCCCUGGAGACGAAUGUGAAACCAGUUAUGGAAGCAAACUGAAAAUCAUAUCAACAUGACAUGUAUUGUGGCCCCCUUUUUUUACGGUGAAGUAGGCUAUAAGUAGCUGUGCCAUUAUUCCAAAUUUGAAUUGUGUGCCCUCAUAAUUUGCGUAGAUGAAAUGUGGAGACCCAAGCUAUAGGCUUCUGAUCCUGCCCGGUUGAUGUAUGCGCUUUAGAACUUUUUAAUUAUACGCUCGGGCUUUUCUCCUUCAUAUUAAAUAUUAGCCACUAUCGGGAGCCACCGUCAGUAAUACCCACAUACAUUUAUGACUGUCACUUUAGUGUUCGUUUUCUUCAAUUUGUAGCUUACAUUUUUUAUCAUUCCAUUCCGUUUCCCUUUCUUUCCUCUGUCACGUCCGUGAAGUUGUUCCUGAGGGUCGUAAUCAUUAGUGGAUCAUAUUAGGCUAACGUUGUGCAAUAAUUUCGGACAUGGAGCCUAUUUUAAUCAUUAUGGAACUCAGAGCACACGUAGCAGGUUAAACCUGGAGUAUGGCACACGGUUCACGACGACUGGACCGUUGUCAUACAGUUCCAUGAUUAGUGGGGAUUAGGGUAAAUGUAUAGGACUAUUGUUUAACCCUUAUUGUACACUUUUUCCACCUUCCAAUAUUUAAUGGAUUGAACUUGAUUCAGGAUAAAUCAAACCACUGUAUUUUUGAUUCAUCAAUAUAUUUAGUGUGUAAAGGCUCUCCAAACCAGUUAUUUUUUAAUGAUUCAUACAUACUUUCUUAACCCUAAAAUGUGCCUAAAUAAUCGACAUGAUCACAGUAUUUUUAAAUCUACGAGUUGGUGCUGAAAAGGAGACAAAUAUGCAUAUAUUUAGAUUACUUUCUUUCAUUGAUCCCUAUAUUCUGAACCCAUUCUUUCGAUGUAUUCUAAUGAGUCGGUUGACAAAAUUCAAAUUAAAGGUACACCGUAUUUAAAGGGAUGGCUUAAGACAAAUGUACUGAAAACCCUAUUGAUUGAAAACUCCACAAGAAAAUCUGUUGGCCAGCUAGCGGGAGGGUUUUUAGCAGUUUAAUUAAAUGUAUUCAGCAUGUGCAAGGGAACCACGCCUGCAAAGCCCGUUACGCACCUGCAUAAGGUAAGUCUGAAAACCAACUACUGAGAUGUGCGUAGGAAAGGCGCGGGUAGCAAAGGCAUAUAUUUCCUAAGUCGGAAUCGGCCCCUAUGUGAAUAAUGUUUGAUGAAGGAGAGUGCACAGGGCCUUAAAUGACUCUCCCAAUUUGCCUUGCCUUUAUCGUAGUGAUUCAGUGGGGGCAGCUGCACAGGGACCCGGACCAGAAUGUAUAGACCUGAAUCCGCUUAGGUAACAACCUUCCAACCCAAUCAGUGGACGUCUGAACACUAACCUGAACAGAA